AUGGACAUCAAGACGGUCGGCGACGUCGUCACGGCCCUCGUGGGCGCUUACGCCACCGCGCUCGAAUACUACACCGGCUGGCGCCAGCGUAAAUGGCAGGAGAACCGGUACACGCGCGCCACCCGGGGCAACGUGACCAACAGCGGCUUCUGCGCCGCCAGCAUCUCGCUGCGUGUUGCGGCCGCCAAGAUCCGCGAGGCAUUCGACGGCGGGGUCGACAUUCUCGGCAAUGACUUCGCUAUAGGCGAUAGAGCUUGUCGCGAGACACUGCAAGCCAACUUCGAGCGCUUGCAGGAGCGCAUCGACGUCUUACAGAGCGCAGUCAACGCCGACGACGCCCCGCUGGAGCUGGCUGAGCUGAUACGCGUCUCGGAGGCUGUGCGCAUAGAAUGUCUAGCCGCGCUGUCGAAGCAGUACCAACGAGUCGCCGUCGGUCGCCUGGUGCCCCGAGAACUGCCGGGCUCGCGCCAGCGAUCCUGGCUCGACGUCUCGGGCAUCGCAGAGACACCGGCGACGACACCGGAAGAGGAGGAGACGGAGAAGGAGGAUGACGAUGAUGACGAUGACGAAGACGGCAACAGCGACGACGAUGAUGAUGCCCAGACGGUGCACCGACGCGCGAGCUCUAGCAAGUCCCCAUACCAGUCCGAACCACCGUCUCCACCGCCAACGCCCAAGAUGAUCCCUGACGGCCACCUCCAGUCCACGCGCACCUCUACUACGUCUACAUCGGGGCUGGGGCCACGGGGCGGCCCGAAGAACAGCAUCUUCAGCGCCUUCUGUCCUGAGGCCAUGAAGUACCAGGUCAACCUGCAGAAGUCUAUACCUCCGAAGGGUCGGAGGUGCAGGUGUGGGUACGACUGGAACGGCAGACAGACCCAGGACAGGGCGGCUCUGAUGGUGAAGGAGGGCUUCCAGAUCACGCCUCGGUUCUUGGGCAAGUCGCAUUGCGAAGACGGGCGGUUCGGCUGUGUGGUGUGUACGUCGACCGGCAAGACAAAGACAUAUGAGAACGUCGAGGAUUUGAGGGCACACCUCGAUGCGUCGCACACCAAGUGGCAGUUGUUGCAUGAUCGCGACAUGGCGGGUCACUGGGAAACUUGA